GGAGCAGGCGAGCGGGCAGGUCCGGGGCCUCUUCCUGUGGUAGCGGCGAGACUCAGCGGUUGCAGGUCCCCGCGGCGCCAGUCUUUCCUCCUGUAACACCUUAAAAUUCACAAAGGAAGAGCAUUCGUUAUUAAUUUAUUAAAAACGUGAACCUAUAGUGUGAAAAACAACAACACUAUGUCCUACAGAAGUCGCAGGUCUCGGUCCCGUUCUCGUUCUCGUUCCCGUGACCGCGAUCGACGACGUGAUAGGGAUGAUUGGGGCUCCCGAGGAGGCUGGGGCUCUGGGGGAGGUGGGCGGCCAUCACUGAAGGGGAGACAACCUGGUGAACGCCUGCGUAAGCCGAGAUGGGACCUGACCAAGCUCACCCCCUUUGAGAAGAACUUCUACCAGCCCACUCCAACUGUUCUCAAUCGGUCACCUUAUGAGGUGGAAAAAUACAGAACUGACAAGGAGAUCACUCUGCGUGGAAGAAAUAUUCCCAACCCCAUCCAGUAUUUUAGUGACUACAACUUUCCGGACUAUGUCAUGGCAGAGAUCCGAAGGCAGGGAUACGAGCAGCCCACUCCUAUUCAGGGUCAGGGUUGGCCCAUCUCUCUCCAAGGCAGAGACUUUGUAGGCAUUGCACAGACUGGCUCAGGGAAAACAUUGGGUUACAUUCUGCCUGCCAUUGUACACAUCAACCACCAGCCAUACUUAGAGCGUGGAGAUGGUCCCAUUGCUCUGAUAUUGGCUCCCACUAGGGAAUUAGCACAGCAGAUCUUGACAGUAGCACAAGACUAUGGUGCCUCCUCUAAGAUCCGCUCCACCUGUGUGUUUGGUGGUGCACCCAAGGGACCCCAGAUUCGUGACCUUGAGAGAGGAGUUGAGAUCUGCAUUGCCACUCCAGGUCGACUAAUUGACUUCCUGGAAGCUGGCAAGACCAACCUUCGUCGCACUACGUACCUGGUUUUGGAUGAAGCUGACCGAAUGUUGGACAUGGGUUUUGAACCACAGAUUAGAAAGAUUGUAGAUCAGAUUAGGCCUGACAGACAGACACUUAUGUGGUCUGCAACGUGGCCCAAGGAGGUGAGGAAUCUCGCUGAAGACUUUCUCAAGGACUACAUCCAGCUCAAUGUUGGCUCCCUUUCCUUAGCUGCAAACCACAACAUUCUCCAGAUUGUGGAUGUAUGCCAGGAAAUAGAAAAGGAUACAAAACUCCGGCAGCUACUUGAAGAAAUCAUGGCAGAAAAGGAAAGCAAGAUCAUCGUGUUUGCUGAAACCAAAAGAAAGGUCGACGAUUUGACUAGGCGAAUGAGACGCGAAGGCUGGCCUGCCAUGUGCAUCCAUGGUGACAAAUCACAGCAGGAACGAGACUGGGUCUUAAGUGAGUUCCGAUCAGGGCGGGCCCCAAUCCUGGUGGCCACAGAUGUAGCUGCUCGCGGCUUAGAUGUGGAUGAUGUGAAGUUUGUCAUCAACUACGACUACCCAUCUUGCUCUGAGGAUUAUGUUCAUCGCAUUGGGCGAACUGGUCGAUCAGACAAGACGGGGACUGCCUACACAUUUUUCACGGCGGAUAACUGCAAGCAAGCCAAGGAUCUGAUUGAAGUGCUGAAAGAAGCGAAUCAAGUUGUAAAUCCUAGACUCUACGAGAUAAUGGAUAUGGCACGUGGCGGUGGUGGCAAAGGCCGCAACCGCUGGAGGGGCCGUGAUGACGACAGGAGAGGAGGAUUUGGACGUGAUCGUGAUCGUGAUCGUGGCCGCAUGGGUGGUAGUAGUAGUGGUGGUGGUAGUGGUUCAAGGAACGGCUACAGCAAUGGAAAUGGAUAUGGUACGUCACAAGGGCUUGGAAGAGAUAACCAGUUUAGAGGCGGAGGCAACAGCAAUGCUGUGCCCAAUGGGGUGGGUGCAGGCCAUGCAGGCCAGGCACGGCUCAGCGGGCCACCACCACUCAUGGGUGCAGGGUCAAUGAAGGCCACAAUGAGCCAAGCAUCUUCCCAGGGCCACUUAAAUGGCCCCCAACGUCCACCCGUCCAGAAUGUGGCCAUGGGCAUAUUCAACCAGGCUUCCUCCGUAGCUGGUACUGUUGGUGGCCUGGGCAUGAUGGGGGCCAUGCCUGGUGCACUGACCUGGCCGCGGCAGUGACCCCGCGGCUGCCCUAGUCAAGCUCCUGCCUCCUGCUCUCCAACUGGGGCCUUGCCAAGUGGAUGCCUCAACUCUUGCUGCGGCGACUCUUCUCCGUAACAAGUGUCAAGUGAUCCUCUCAGUCCUUUGUAACUGAUGAUGGGGCCUCACUUGGCAAGGUUUCUCAUCAUAGGUGUAUCUAAAAUAUUUCGUGACCUUAGUAUAUUGUAUGCACAGAAUUGGAAUUUUUCCAUUCCAACAUGCUGAUGUAGCCUUCUAAGUGAUAAAAAUUUAUAUGGCAUGUUUGGCAAGUGAGGUGUUCUAUUCAGUAGAUCAGUAGUUAGUUUUGAGUUUACUAUUGACGUGUUGGUAUCUAUUACAGCUUACUGAAGCCCGGGCCGGAGGUGACCGCUUACCGCUGCACCAUCCCCUUUCUAGGAGAUUAGAGGUUGCGCACGUUACCACUAAGUACUUGACAGGCCUGGUUGUCAAGGGUAGGGAAAAGUUCGGCUCACCCCAUCAUAAGUGUGCGGAUACCUGCGCCAUUCCUCCUUGUCUACGGGACUGCUGUCUGCUUAAGCCAACGAUGUCAUUGUUAGUUAACCUCACUGUCCAAAAGCCAGUCAAGUCAGCAUGUCUUUUUUUUUAUUUUUUAUUUAUUUAUUUUUUUUUUAGCCCCCCAAACCAAAUAUUCCAUUGUCUGUAGGAAGGAAUUCUUUCUAGUUUUUGUUGUACUGUAUAGACAUUAUUUUUCAAUCAUUUUGAAGGAUUUUGUGUAUGGACCAAUAAACUUUGUAACCCUCUGAAUAAAAUAACAUUGAGUA